CUCUCUUUCUCUCUCUUACUAUUUCUGUCACAUGUGCUUGUUAUUACAUUCGUGUGUAUUGUUGUUGUGCACGUUGCUAAUUGCUUUGGUUUCGUGUUUCAUUGUUCUGUUUAGUUCGGUUACCGAGAAACGGCGUGCAAUUUGAGAUCUUGGGCUUUGUGUUCUCUCUCUCUUUUUUCUUUUUUUUCCCCACUUUCCAUAGUGAUGGAUGAAUUGAACUAUUUUGAAGGUCUUGGCUGACUUAAUGGUGGAGUCGAAAUUUCUAUUCACCUUUUUUCUUCUUUAAAUUUUAUAUUAUUCUUUUUUUUUGUGGCUCUCAAAAAGUAGGAAAUUAACGUGCGGACGUUGGGUGUGCCUUUUUUGCUAUCUAAAUCUAAUUAUGAAUCAUGGUAACUUUGAUCUCACUUGGUUCUUCAGUUCAGUGUGUUUGAGGAGGACCUCAAUCUAGUUAGCCACAUGUAUUAUCUUACAUAAAUUGCAAUUCAAUUCAGUUCAAUUACUACUUAGUAUUGUUAUGCCUUGUGCCCUGCUUGAAGGUGAUUUGACACUGACCUUUUCAUUUGCAAAUUGCAACUUAGUAGUGUAAGGUUUCCAUGAGCUUUUUUGCCAUGCCUUUGCUGAUGAUUUUGGAUUUAAUUCUUGAGAUAGUGUCAUCACAAUGACUUAGUUCUAAGGCAUAUUAAAAGACCAAAGUCAAUAAUGAUUAUCUGGGACUGACCUUACUUAUCUGUCAUCCUAUCCUAUGCUUCUCAUCCAACAAGCUGCUAUAUUCAUGUUUCAGACCUUUGAUACACAUUCAAUAAGCUUUCUUCAGCCUUUAUGACUGUGGUUUCUUGUUAGUUCUCUGAAACUUAAGUUUGGCAGACUAAUUAGAGAUAGUUGAAUUGGAUUUGUGUUUGAAGUUGGCAAUCAUUAACUGAUAAGGGGAUUUUUUAUUUUAUUUUAUUCAAGGCUUCAAGCCAUGCUUUUUUUGGUGAUAUUUAUUCCUUUUUUACUUUUAGCAUCUGCUGAUGUUGUUACUAAUAUACUGUCAAAGGUUGGCGUUCACAUUUGGGUUUGGGAUGCUUAUUGAUCCUUUGGAUACUAAUGUAUAUGGAAUGCCUGGUACUGUUUAUUAGCCAAUAUCUUUGGCACUUUGACAGGCAUAGCGAAAUGAACAUCUUUCUACGGCUUUCCUUACAAUGGUUUAGUGGCAUACACUUAGGUACUUAGCAAUUUGUAGAAGGCGACAAGUUUAGAUUCCCCCAGUAAAAAACGCUGGGGAAGCUGCUGGAGCUUAUGUUGGUGUUUUGGACCUCAUAAAAACAGCAAGAGAGUGGGCAAUGCUGUCCUUGUUCCUGAACCUGUUGAACCUAUAGGCCCAGUUGGAUUUCAUCCUGCUACUGCUGCACCAAAUCCUUCAACUGCUAUUGUAAUGCCAUUCAUUGUCCCUCCCUCUUCACCUGCAUCUUUUCUCCAAUCUGAUCCUCCAUCUGCUACUCAAUCACCGGUUGGAUUAUUCUCCCUCAGUUCUCUCACUGUUAAUGCUUCUGGUGGACCUGCAUCCAUUUUUGCCAUAGGCCCUUACACCUAUGAGACUCAGUUAGUCUCGCCACCUGUAUUUUCUACCUUCACAACUGAACCAUCUACUGCUCCGUUCACUCCACCACCUGAAUCUGUGCAGCUGACAACACCAUCAUCCCCUGAGGUGCCAUUUGCUCAAUUGCUGGCAUCUUCUUUAGAUCGGAAUUGUAAAAGUAAUGGUACAAAUCAGAGGUUUGCAUUAUCCAAUUAUGAGUUUCAGCCUUAUCAACAAUAUCCAGGGAGUCCUGGCACCCAACUCGUAUCACCCAGAUCAAUCAUUUCUACUUCUGGCAGUUCUACUCCUUUCCCUGAUAGACACCCAGUUCUUGAAUUCCACAAAGGGGAAGCACCAAAGCUCUUGGGCUUUGAAAACUUCUUGACACAUAAAUGGAAUUCAAGGCUUGGAUCUGGGUCUUUGACGCCAGAUAGUGCAGGGCAAGGUUCAAGACUAGGUUCAGGAUCUUUCACACCUGAUGCUGUUAAGCUAGCUUCACAAUUAGGCUCUGGGUGUUUGACACCUGAUGGUUUGUGUCAGGACUCAAGGUUCGGUUCUGGAUCUUUGACACCUGAUGCUGUAGCACCAACUGCUAGAAAUGACAUUGAUAUAGGAAAACAGAUUUCUGAGGUAACAUCCAUUGUGAAUUCAGAGAAUGAGUGUCAACCCAAGGCAGCAUUAGUUGAUCACAGAGUUUCAUUUGAAUUAACUGGGGUAGAUGUUCCACGAUGUCUAGCAAAUAAAUCAGGGUCUUCAUUGCUUGGAAACAUGUCAGGGUCUUCUCAGGGUACACUGGUUGAAGACCCCGUUGACAUAGAAAAGAUACAAAAAAACUCCAAUAGUAGUUGUGCUUUCUGUUCAAGGAAAACUUCAAAUGCUUCAAAUGAUAAGUCUUGCAAUUCUCCUGGAGAAGGAGCGGAACAGUGCUGUCGAAAGCAUCACUCUUUUAAUUCUUCCAAAGAAUUUAACUUUGACAACAGAAAAGGUGUUGUUUCUGAUACUCCUGCCAAUAGCUCCAAUUGGUGGACUAAUAAAAAGAUAGUUGGAAAGGAAGGUAGAUCAAGCAACAGUUGGACAUUCUUCCCAAUGCUACAGUCAGAAAUCAUUUAAAGAUUUAGUUCAUUGCAAUGCGACUUAACCAGUAAGGUUGGGAACAGAAGGCUUUGGAUUGCAGAAUCAUUAGCAAUACUAGAUGCAUAUCUUGAGACACUGCUCUUAGUGCAGUUGAUUUGCCUUGAGGAAAUGGCAGUAAAUGGAUAGGUGAGUGAGAGACGACAGCCGUUGUAGUAGUCCCUUAGGAUCCAAAGUAGAAUACAAGAGGGGCAAAGUUGGUAUGGACAAGUAAAAUGGAUUCUAAAUUCUGAUAGAGCAUUACCUUAGUUGCAAGUAUACAGGGAUAGGGAGUUACAGGUAAUCUGAUUUGUGGAUUAUUGUGAGUCUGUGACAUUUAAUGUGCAAUAAUGAGAAGGAAAAAAAAACUCUUUUUGCCCUUGGGUUA